UUGUCAGGAUUGAUUGGUGUUGUUUCAUGGAAGAGGCCCCUUUCACUUGUGAUAACUUUUUUCAUGCUGCUGUCUGCAGUGUGUGUAAUGCUGAACUUGGCUGGUUCCAUUCUCUCUUGUCAGAACGCUCAGCUGGUAAAGUCCCUGGAAGGAUGUCAGUUGAUUAAAUUUGACAGUGAUGGUGUCUGUGUUUGCUGUGAAAUGCAGCAUCAAACAUCAGGCUGCAGUAACCUGGGAGAAACGCUGAAACUGAACCCUCUGCAGGAGUGUAAUGUUGUGAGGCUGACCCUAAAGGACCUGUUGUUUAGUGUGUGCGCUCUCAAUAUCAUCUCCACCAUUGUCUGUGCUUUGGCAACAGCAAUGUGUUGCAUGCAGAUGGUUUCUUCUGAUCUUCUGCAAAUGUUUCUGCCACAGAGGCCACAUUCUACCAAUCCUGACUGCAUGACUCCCCAUGGAACUAUCUUGCAUCAAACCCUGGAUUUUGAUGAGUUCAUACCACCAAUACCGCCUCCACCCUACUACCCGCCAGAAUAUACCUGCACACCAGUGAUAGAGGCGCAGAGAGGUCUCCAUUUGGACUUUCCUCAUUCCCCAUUCAGUGCUUUAUACGACGUAACCAUUAACAGCCCAGGGAUGCUGUAUCCAACUGAGCUGCCCCCUCCUUAUGAGGCAGUGAUUGGAGAGACGCCUGCCAGUCAGGUCACUGGUACUGAUCAGCGCGUACCCGAUUCAAGCGUGGGUGAGAGGAACGUGACCCUGGACUUCAGCACACAAGUUUCUGUUGAGAGCACCUCUUUGAUGGUCUCUGAGGCUGUUGAUAUCCCAGACCGUAGCUGCUCCUCUGAAGAUCUUUGUUCGCUGGAAGUUCAAGGAUCUCUCCAUUCCGCAGACCUUUCUCCCUACUGUACAACCCCCAAAGGGGCUACGGACCAGAGCUGCAGCACUCUGGACUACAGCACCCACUGCAGGUUCCACAGAACUCGCUCAGAGGGUUUUCCUGAUGAGGAUGACAGUUCCUACAGCCAAGCCUCUACAGACAGGUCUCAAGGACAAGAACAGAACUGUGCCCGUGGCAGGUCCUUGGACUGUUCCUCAGAGAAUUUCAGCCCCUCAGAAAGAGAACUGCAGAGUUCUGCUCAAGAAGGCAAUGCCAUGCCGCCUUUGAAGCAAAAGAAAAUCUGCUGUGCGGUGUUUAGCCAGCCUCCUAUCCCUUCCCAGACCUCUCCCUGUUUUGGGCCCGCAAAUACUUCAUCGUGUGUGAGCGGCCGUGAGAGUGCUGUCCAGCAGCAUCACAUUACAAAAUACCGAAUUUCAAAUAUAGUCCGAUCAACUAGUGACCCUGUAUCAUGUUCGUCUUAUACAGAAGGUGAUAAUUGUGCCUGGACUCCUAUAUGUAGCCAGCGUCAAGAUGCAGGCUUAUCUCCAGCUGUAUUAGAAACAGUUCCUGUUUCUGGUUCUCAUGUGGCUGCCUCUGCUUGUCAGCAUUCUUUGAGCACUUUCCUACCAACUGGAAAACAGAGGGAUACAAGGAAAAUUGAUCUACACCUAAAGCCAAAGGCUUUGCGCGCAGUCUCAAAAGAGCGACCACACUCUUUAGUGGACCUUAAGGCCUAUAAAGACACAAAAAUUUUAGUGGCAAAAUUUUUGGAACAUUCAAACUGUAAUCUCCCUCCAGAAGUACGUCAUGUAGUGAACAGCAUACGAUCAGUAAUAAAAUCUGAUGAGAGACACAUGGAAGAAGCCAUCUUCAGUGCCAAUAUUAUAGACCAGGUAAUUACAAGUUCCCAGCAGAAUGUGAAUACCUCUAGAAAGCGACUUCAAGAAGAUCUUCAUCUUCAGAGCUGUGGUGCUCUGAGCUCUCCAGUUGCCUUCUUACGUAGGUCCCACAUCACUCGCAGUUUAGAGCGGGACAGGCCUCACAGUUUAAUUGGAGUUUGCCGGGAGACCAUCCUUUGA